CAUUAGGCAUUGCGGAUGACGUCAUCAUGUUGUUGCGGAAGUCCCGUAGUGCGGUGUUUCUCCACUGUCAAAAUCACAAGACGCUCGUUGUGCACGCAGCUGAUAUUAAUUGAGAGUUUUGCAUUUUUGUUCCGCCAUACCUUUUUGAAGAAGCUUAUCUAAUGGCAGCCCUUAAGUACGCCGGUAUGGAAGAUACUGACAGUGAAGACGAGUUGCCUCCUGGGUGGGAAGAAAGAUCGACUAAAGAUGGAUGGGUUUACUAUGCAAAUCAUGACGAGAUGAGGACACAGUGGGAACACCCCAAGUCAGGAAAGAAGAAACGCUGUGCUGGAGAUUUGCCGUAUGGCUGGGAGCAAAACACCAAUGAACAUGGCCAAAUAAUUUAUGUUGAUCACAUCAAUAAAAGAUCCACUUACUUCGACCCCCGCCAAGUUUUUACUGUGGAAGAUGUGAUGGUGAAGCCCAAACGCUACGAUGGUAACUCAUCGGCUCUCGAGAUCCUUCAAGGUCGUGAUCUCUCCGAAAAAGUAGUCGUGAUUACUGGCGGAAACUCUGGGAUUGGCUUUGAGACAGCCAGGUCUUUUGCGCUACACGGUGCCCGCGUCAUCCUGGCCUGCCGAAACCUGUCCCGGGCCAAAAAAGCUGUGAGCAUGAUACAGGAAGAUUGGCACAAAGCCCGAGUUGAAGCCAUGAUGUGUGACUUGGCCUCUUUCCGCAGCGUCAGGGAGUUUGCAGAUGAAUUCAAAGCCAAGAACCUGCUUUUGCACAUUCUGGUGUGCAACGCGGCCGUGUGCACUCAGCCAUGGAGUUUGACUGAGGACGGCCUGGAGUCCACCUUCCAAAUCUGCCAUUUGGGCCAUUUCCUGCUGGUCCAGUGCUUGGAGGACGUGCUGCGGCGUUCAGCGCCCUCCCGCGUGUUGGUGGUGUCGUCCGAGUCUCACAGGUUCACAGACUUGCUAGACUCGUGCGGUAAAGUGGAUUUGGCACGGUUAUCGCCCCCGCGCACGGAGUAUUGGUCCAUGCUGGCCUACAACCGCGCCAAAUUGUGCAAUAUCCUGUUCAGCAACGAGCUUCACCGCCGCCUCUCUCCGCACGGGGUGUCGUCCAACGCUCUGCACCCCGGGAAUAUGAUGUAUACGGGCAUUCACAGAAGCUGGUGGCUCAUGACAUUCUUCUUCACCCUGGCCAGACCCUUCACAAAGUCAAUGGGGAACUCCUGUGGCCUUUGACCGCAGCAUACCACCUCCCGAACCCAUGUCAGGCAGCAGAGGACACGGCCUGGGAGAAGAUUAAUGAAAAAGAGACAGUUGUGUGAGUAGAUGCUCCCAGGUCUAUUACAGUAGAACCUCCAAAGUCAAACACAGUCCUUUCCAUGAUGUAGGUAGAAUUCUAACUUGCCACAUUUCACCACAAAGACUAAAAACGCAUAAUUAUUAAUAACAAUUUAAGAAAAAGCCAACGCUAAGCAUGCUGGAUAUUCCACCAUCACUUCUCCCAUGUAAUGAGUGAUUCAACAAAACAAUUAAAAAAUGCAAUUUUCAACAAAAAGAUCAAAAUGUGUACCGUAUUGGCCCGAAUAUAAGACGACCCUGAUUAUAAGACGACCCCCUCUUUUUCAAGACUCAAAUUUGAAAAGACUUUUUGAACACCAAAUUAACUUUUAUACAGAACAUAUUUACAGUACAUCUGAAACAAAUGAUUAUAACAAUAUAUUUGAGAGAAAAAGCAUGUUAUUUUGCCUCAUUCAAGUCUUAAUAUCUGAACAUUUAAAUAUUUAAACUAAAGUGCAAUCACAUUCGUAAAUGAAUUGCUUUUGGUUUUGAAAUGUAAAUAAACCAAUCUAUUGUGAUAAAACAACAAAAUUGCAAUAACUGCAUUACCAUGAAAGUGAAGUCUAACUGUAACUGUAGUCCUAAAAUCUGAAGAAGGAAAAACAUUGCAAUAAAAUAAUGCAAACUGGUUAAACUAGUAGCUGAGAUCUGUCAUGACAGAACAUCUCUUCAAUGAUAUCUGGGGCCAUCUAGCUUCGUGAAUGGGGAGAGUAGCUGAGAUCUAUCAUAACAGAACAUUGCUUCAAUGAUAUCUGGCGUCAUCUAGCGUCGUGGAUGGGUAUAAUGUCUAGACCGCGAAUAUAAAACGAUCCCCUCUUUUUCAAUCUUAUUUCAAUGCAAAAAACACAGUCUUAUAUUCGGGCCAAUACAGUAAUUAGGGAUGACCUGAUCAUAUUUUUCUAUAUGAGUCCGUGUCCAAAUCUCCUGAUUUCGCAUCCCAAUCCGAUGCUUUGUAAAAAAAAAGACGAAAAAAAGCGCCGCCAAAUAUAUUUUUCCUCUAAUUUGAGCAAAGCUAAGCUAACCGUAACAUUCUAGCCAUAUCAAAGAGUUCUUAAAACUGUCAAGUGACUGUUGCUAAUUAACUUUCACUAACUUCUUUGCAAAUACGGUUGAAAAUGAACCUAAGCAAUGCUAGCUUGUAGUGUGAUUAGGCAUAUAUCGGUAUGAGAUUCUGAUGGUAUGAUAAAAUUCAGCAAAAAUAUCACAGUUUCACGGUAUCACAGUAUUGCAAAUAGAGCUCUAAAAUGUGUUACUUUGAGAUAUCUGGGUAUCAAAAAAAAUAAAUAAAUAAAUAAAUAAACAUUUUUUCCAUUGAACAGGAUUUUUAGUUUUCAAAACCUAUUAGCAAAUUGGAAAAUAAGUAUAAUGUUAAGUUAAAAAUAAAAAAAUAUAAAAAAUAACUGAAUUAUUCUAAAUAAAAUUAAAAUAAAUACUGUCCUUUAAGUGACAGUAUUACCGUAGUAAUAGUAGCAGUAACAUUACCACUAUCAGAACAAAAAUAAUUGAAAUAUUUCUGAUAAAAAGCACGUGUGUAUGACUCGUAUCAUGUUUACAUUAUGCACACACUCUCCUCGUCAACACAGACAGUUGUCAGAGAGAAAAAAACACCACGUUUUACCACCCACUCAACAACACCACAUCAUCAUCACACAACACAUCACCACACACUAAACAAGCUCUGGUAGCUGGUGGCAAACGUUCAUGAGAAUGUUUACUAACAUUUAGUUUUGUAUAAAUGUGAAAUUAUAUUGGAGGUUUUGCCUCAAUGGCAGCCACCGCCGUCUUUAACUUUUCUGUAGCCGAAGUAUUACCAUACCAGCGAUUUUGUUAUCUGGGAUGGAGGGAAAAAUUUCAGGAGUUUCACCUCCUCCAGCCAUCAUGUAGCACAGCUGACUUACUGACACUGGGCAACAAAGGGUGGAGGAGGGUUGAGCCUUGCAGCUUCAAGCGAGGGAUUUCUCCCUGCAUUUUUGGGACAUAAAAAUAGCUAAUAGGGACAGAAGGACGGAAUGUUUUUGCGGUUUUGAAACUGUGACACCGUUACAUUAAAAAAUAUAUAUAUAUAUAAUAAUAAUAAUUAAAAUAAGGGCAAGGCAAUGACACGCGGACUGUAUAAACACUGCGAUGUUAUGUAAGGGGACGCAAAAUACUGUCCCACUGACCGCAAAUGGCCCGCGGGUUGCUGAUUUGUUCUGAUUUAUUCUUGUAGAUAUCUUUACGUUUGUGCAAAAAUAUAUAUGCUACUGGGCCACUUCUCUUUACAGUAGAGAUAUCCGUGAUCCGAUCACGUGAUCCAAAAUCUGGCUUGAUCAGGUCAUCUUCAGGCAAUUUGAAUCGGUGUGGGGGGAAAAAAUCAAGUUUUUAAAAUGUUUUUUUUUUUAUUAUUAUUUUUUUUUUUAUUUAUUUUAUUUUUAUUUUAGGAGCUACAAAGUAACAAAAAAAAAAAAAAAAGUAAACGCUGCCUGUAGGAGAAUGUUAUGCUAGCUGGCACGAGAAGCUAAUGGUAAGAUAGCAUAGAUAAAAUCUCGAAAUAUGGAAAUAUUUUUUAAUUGGAUGUACUCCACCCCUUAAUACAUUUAACAGUAUUGGAUCGGUAUCGGUAGAGCCUCAAAAUCAGGUUACUCGGGCGCAAAAAUAUGUGAUCGGGAAAACCCUAAAUAUCAUUACCGUAAUUUCCCGAAUAUAACGCGCACUUUUUUUCCCCCAAAAUCAACUUGUAAACUCAUGGUGCGCAUUAUAAACGGGUACAUGGAUGGAGACAGAAAUAUAUAUGUAUUACAUAUAUAUAUAAACCGAUUUUUUUUCAUUGACACGGCCACGUUGUGUUGAAGAAACGUAUGCGGCGACCCGUUGCCGACCAUUACGGUACGUGACGUCACCAUUUUGUUUCGGUAAUACUUCACACUAAUCGGCCGAAUGAUUUCGUCUGUGUUAAAUUCUGCUUUUUUCACUCUUCAUAAAGCACAGAAUUUAGUUUCUUGAACUCAUUUGAGUCGACGUUUAUUGCAGCUCCACAAUUCGGAGGAUAACAAGUGUAAGGACACACACUUCCUGUGUCCGUCAACUAUAUCGGUCCCUCGGGAAACUCAAACCCAAAUAACAAUAGUUCAGUAGUUUUACCGUAUCAAUCCAUGGAAGAAACAUUUAUUCACCAUGAGGAAACGAGCAAGUUAUACAGCAGUUUUUAAAAGAAAAGUCACAUCCGUUUUGUUUUCUCCUAGAUUCUGGUAAGUUGGAGAAGUUGUCAAAUCAUAUUAUCACCGUAAAUAUUGUCAGUUUACGGUAAUGUUUUGAACUACCAAUGUGCUAUGCUUGUGCUGUGUUUCACCAGUCAGUAAAAUGACAUCUCUGUAUCUGUACACGAGCUCUGUUUUCUUGUAUUCUUCUAUUUAUUGGUGCUAAAAUUAGGGUGCGCGUUAUAAACGGGUACAAUAAUUUCCCCCAAAUUUUACAAGUAAAUUUGGGGUGCGCAUUAUACACGGGUGCGCCUUAUAUUCGUGAAAUUACGGUAAAUACAAGUAUGUUACAGCACUACUUGAUACAUUUCACAUUUAUGUCAGGUCUGUUUAACUUAUAAGCUGCCAAUGACUUCGCUAGAUGUCCAAAUCUAGGGCUGCAGCUAUUGAUUACUUGGGUAAUCGAUUAAUCUAUUGUUUACUUAGUUCGAAUAAUCGAGUAAUUGGAUUAUGAACAUCUAAUGCGUAGCAGAAUAAAUUUCAGGAAUUGUUAAACAAAGAAACAAGUGUUUAUGCCAACAAUAACAUUUAUUUUGGCUUCAAAGAUUGCACUUUCAAAAGAGCAUUAAAUGCAAAUACAAAAUAAAAUUUUCUUCAAACAAUGCAGAAUUAAACUUUCGUUUGAGCAAUAAAUGCAUUUAAAGCUAAAUUAAGAUACCUUAGCUUAGCCUCAAACGCUAUUAAAAAAAAAAAAAAAAAAAAAUGGGGAUCUAAGUGUAACAAAAGAACAAUUGGCUAACUUUCAUAGCAAAAGUCCACUAGCUUAAAUAAAGAGGUGGGUAGAGUAGCCAAAAAUUGUACUCAAGUAAGAGUAGUGUUACUUCAAAAUAAUAUUAGUCAAUUACAAGUAGAAGUAGUCAUCCAAAAAUGUACUCAAGUACAAGUAAAAUAGUAUCCAGUGAAUACAAUACUCAGGUAAUGAAGUAAUGAGGAACACUGUGAGUAACUGCUUUUUUUUUUUUUUAACAAUUGUAUUUUUUUUCUCACAGCACAAACUUAUCUGUAUGAACUGCUGUUAUAAUGACACAGUACAAUCACCCAUUACAGAAAUAGAAAAAAAUAAAAGUCAUUGAAAUCCGGCGAGAUUAAAAAAAAAAAAAAAAAAAAGACAAAUGAAGCAUUAUUCGUCCAAAUAGCAUGCCCUCUGGUGGAGAAAAUAGUUCCUAGUUUGAAUAGUAAAUAGUUCCUUCAUAGUUACUAUUAUGAAAUUAAAAGGAUCAUAUCUCCAGCUAUCCGUGGUCAAUCGGUGCCAAAUAAAAAUUGGGAGAAAGGUUAAAAUCCUUGCUUUCGAGGCAUAUUGAGGGCAGCGCUCUAUGUCAAAUAAUUAAUUUUUUUACGGUGCUUUAAAGACGCCACGUGAUUGAACAGGCUAGUGUGAUCAUAGAACGGCAAGCUUGCAUCAGAUUGGUGUAAUGGACGCCUCAUUGUUGAAAUUGGUAGAGCUAAUCUGGCAAAAAAAUAAAAAUAAAAUCUAAUACGUAGAAUAAAGAGGAAAAACGUAAUGACCCUGUGUAGCCCAAAGUAACGGUGUAAGAGUAGCAUUUUUUCUUCACAAAUCUACUCAAAUAAAAGUAAAAAAUAUGGCUUAGAAGUACAUUUUUCUCAAAAGGUUACUCAAGUAAAUGUAACGGAUUACAUGUAAUGCAUUACUACCCACCUCUGCUAAU